CACAAGGACAGCCACAGAGCGAGGGUGCUAGCCCUUCCAGCGGCAGGUUUGGAAAAGGAUACGAGGGCGCUCCUUAAUGAGGGCGCGGUAACUGGGAAAGGGACUUGCAUCCCAGACUGGGCGGGAGUGAGUCUGUGCAGGGUCGCAGGCUUUUGCUGGCGGGCGCUGUCAGAGACUGGGUGCCAGAGGAGAACCGUAAGGAAGGGGACACCGAGGACAACCUUUAGUUCUGCCGUCCACCCAGAGGUCCCCACGUUCAGAUCGCUGGGGAAAGGGGGUAGUGCCGCUAGAAGGAGGAGGCAGGUGGCAAGCUGGAGGGAGUCUCCGCCGUGUGACCUCGCGGCUGGCUGGGUGCGGGGCACCUCAGAAUCCAGGACAGAACCCUUGGCACCAUGAACCAAGUCAUUGGCAUCGCUCUCCUGCUUUCAGUCUUGCAGAUGUCCAGAGGACAAAAGGUGACCAGCCUGACGGCCUGCCUGGUGGACCAGAACCUUCGCCUGGACUGCCGUUAUGAGAAUAAGACCAACUCGCCCAUCCAGCACGAGUUCAGCCUGACCCGAGAGAAAAAGAAGCACGUUCUGGCAGGCACUCUCGGGGUACCCGAGCACACGUACCGCUCCCGGACCAGCGUCACUGGCAACCCCAACAUCAAGGUCCUCACCUUAGCCAACUUCACCAGCAAGGAUGAGGGCACCUACGCAUGUGAGCUGAGAGUCUCUGGCCAGUCUCCCACAACCUCCUCUCAAAAUGUCUCUGUGUUCAGAGACAAGCUGGUGAAGUGUGGCGGCAUAAGCCUGCUGGUUCAGAACACCUCUUGGCUGCUGCUGCUCCUAAUCUCCCUCUCCCUCUUCCAAGCCAUGGAUUUCAUUUCUCUGUGACUGGUUGGGUCCACGGAGAAACAGGAAGCCUCAAGGCCCAGUACAGAGGUCCUGCUUCUCUGGGUCAGCUGACUCCCUUCCUCAGUCCCUCAGUCCCUUAGGGAGAAACAGGGACCCCGUCCCUCCUAAGGAACCCCAGUGCUGCAUGCCAUCCACCACCCUCUCCACUGACCGCUGGCUGCCAUUUUAUACUCUUCAUUCCGGGGCUGCUUCUGUUUAUUUCAAGUUUCUCCUUUCUUUUCUCUGGGAGUUUGUGACGAGGGAGGCCAGGAUUAGGGACCUAAUGGAGCAUAAGGGUGGAUGAUGGAUAUUGGGGUGGCAGGUUACCAGUCCCUGGGGGGAGUUCCUCCUUGCCAACCAGGCCAGAUGCCUGAAGGAGACAGAGUUGGGGUGUGUCUGUACCUGGUACAGUCAUACUCUUGAUGAAAGUAUAGCCCAGUGGGCAGGGAGGGGGGCCUCAAGAUCUCAGGAUAUCAGCAUGCUGCUCAGCCUUUGUGGCCCGUCCAAUGAGGAUGAGAGCCGAAAUUCUACAAGAUUAUUCUCAGCCGCCACACACACACACACACACCACACGCCCCCUCCUAUCACUGAAGAAGUCCCCUGGGGCUCUUGAGCCAGGGCACAUUCAGUAAAGAUGCAGGUUCAACCAGAGAAUUUUGGGGAGACGGGAGGAGGAAGAGGUGAGAGAACAUCACCCCUCCUGUCUCUGUCUGCCACUACCUGGAGUGACUGGGCUGGCAGAGGAAGGCCAGCUCCUCCCCAGCUCCCAGGGAGCCAGAACUGUGACUGGAAGACCUAAGUCAGUGCAGGAAGGAGGUCCUAGAGCCAUCCAGCUGGACCCGGCUUGCUAAGGGAGAUCCUUGGCUCUUCUUUCCCAUGCCCCUCUGUGCCAGCCCCUCUGGCUGCUCCUGAUCCCCCAGACAACCAGAGUCUUGCCACCUGCCUCCUCUGGGACCUCCUAGGGUGAAAAGCAGGUGGUGGAGAGAGACCAAGUGUGAAUACUUCUCGGAAGAUAGCUUUUCCCAACACCCACUUCCCCACUGGCAACUCUGCCUGUCCUGUCACCGUGUGUAGUGCCACCACAGCUUACAGCAUCUCACUGAGGGAAAAAAAAAAAAGCUGCACAAUAAAACCAAGCCUCUGGAGUCUG